AUGGUAGCAGCAUGUGGGCAUCUACAUAACAUAUCCCCAGAUUAUAAUUGGCUGAACGAAGAUGUCAGGCAUGCCCGAAGUAUGAGAAUGUCCAAUGGUGUGGAGGUGGCAUGGAGAGCUAAGUUGGUAGCUUGGCAGAGUUCUACCACUGCCUCAGGCAUAAUCCCUGACCCUUCUCCAGUCAAUGGGCAUACAUUAAAUACAACUUCAGUGAACUGCUCCAAACCUGACACUGUUCAAGCAAUUAUAGGCCAAUCAUCAUCUACCCCAACUAUUGCAAUCUCUACUACAGUGGGCCCUUUGCACAUUCCUGUGAUAGUGAAUGAGCUGAAGAAAAUCCAUUUCACCACUGCAACAGGAGAGGAUGUAUUCUUUGAUGAGAAUGGAGACCCAGCAGCACGGUAUGAUGUGCUGAACUGGCAGCAAGGUAAAGAUGGUAAAACAGUGUUUGUUAAAGUGGGCUUCUAUGAUGCCUCUCUACAAACACACCUUCAGCUGUCAAUUAACAACAACAGUAUAGUCUGGGCCCACAAUAAACCACAGGUGCCUGUCUCUGUGUGUAGUCCAAGUUGUCCCCCAGGUACCAGGAAGGCUGUGCAGAAAGGAAGACCAAUCUGCUGCUUUGACUGUAUACCAUGUGCAGAUGGAGAAAUCAGUAAUAUAACAGAUUCUAUAACUUGCACCAAGUGCCCUUCUGAACUGUGGUCUAAUGACAAAAAAGAUACCUGUGUCUUAAAGGUGGUGGAAUUCCUGUCAUUUGAAGAAAUAAUGGGAAUUAUUCUUGUAUCAUUUUCUUUGUUAGGAGUUUUGUUCACCAUCAGCAUUGCUUUAGCUUUCUUUAAAAACAAAGACACACCAAUUGUUAGAGCAAAUAAUUCUGAACUGAGCUUCCUGCUGCUCUUCUCUCUCACUCUGUGUUUCCUCUGUUCAGUCACAUUCAUUGGUCAGCCCUCUCACUGGUCCUGUAUGCUGCGCCACACAGCGUUUGGGAUCACCUUUGUCCUCUGUAUCUCCUGUGUUCUGGGGAAAACAGUAGUAGUGUUAAUGGCCUUCAGGGCUACACUUCCAGGAAGUAAUGUCAUGAAAUGGUUUGGGCCUACACAGCAGAGACUCAGUGUACUUGCAUUCACUCUUGUACAGGUCCUUAUUUGUACAGUGUGGUUAACAAUAUCCCCUCCUUUUCCCUACAAUAAUAUGAACUACUAUAAGGAAAAGAUUAUAUUAGAAUGUCAUGUAGGCUCAGUUAUAGGUUUCUGGGCAGUGCUGGGUUAUAUAGGAUUCCUUGCUCUUUUGUGUUUUAUCUUGGCUUUUCUGGCCCGGAAGUUACCUGACAAUUUCAAUGAAGCCAAAUUCAUCACAUUCAGCAUACUUAUAUUCUGUGCAGUUUGGAUCACAUUUAUUCCUGCUUAUGUCAGCUCUCCUGGAAAAUUCACUGUAGCUGUAGAGAUAUUUGCCAUUUUAGCCUCAAGCUUUGGUUUACUAUUUUGCAUAUUUGUUCCAAAGUGUUAUAUAAUCAUUCUGAAACCAGAAAAGAAUACAAAGAAGCAAAUGAUGGCUAAAACACCUGUGAAAUGA